CGCCACCCCAACUUUCUAAUAAAUUGCGGAAUGACCCCUCACGCAAAUUCAAAAUGUAAGUCGCGGUUUGAAUUCCACGCCUCCCCUCCCAUCCACCGUCGAUCUCACACCUCCCUUCCUUAUUUUGCAGUUCAAACCAACUGCAGAGAGAGAAGUUAAUACAAAGGGAGUGGGAAAGAUUGCAGAGUGAGAAUGGGUUCUUUAUUGAAGAUAUUGGAUUCUUGAAUAAGUUCAGGUAGAAAAUCAAAAGAACCAGCUCAUUAUUGUGUACACAAGCUACACAAUUUCGCAGCUCUGCAGAUUCGCAGUCCCAGUUCUAUCUUCUUCUGCCAGAAUGCUGAGGGACUUCAGAUUCCUGCGUAGAAAUUCGGGUAGAAAUCUGCAAUUGGAGGAGAGGGAGAAUAUACCCGUGAACCCGGGCGAUUUAGCGGGUUCUCAGGUUACUAACCCGGACUCAUCAAGACCUCCAUUGCACGCAGUUCAAGAAAAGAGUGCGGCGGAUCAAGAAGCCGGAGCUGCUGCCAGGGUUUCCAAAUUAGCUAGAGGACGCAAUGACACUGUUCCAGAAAGGGAUAUGACAGAUCAAGGAGGUGUUAGGGUUAGCAGAAUAGAUAGAACGCCGACUAAGCCUAAGCAUAGUAGAUAUUUUGAUUCAACAACGCCACUUAGAACUCCACUUAGGGUUGACGGUAGUAGUACCCAUGGGGCACCAUCACGGACAAUGGUGAAUAUGGGUACUCCUAGAUCUACUAGGAAAACAGCUAGAACGAACUCGGAGUGCAAUUCUACUCAAAGCACUCCAAUGAAAAGCGUGAGUAAGCCACCGAAUCCUCCUGUGUCUUGUCUGACUAACGGGUCUAGGCCUCCGGUUAAUGUGGGUGCUCGAAUGACCAACUACGAGGCACUGUCCAAGGGGGUCCCAACUAGCUCUAACUCUUUCGCUAUUGUAAAUACCAUUGAUGUGCCACAUUUUGCACUCAAGGAAGAUCCAUCUUUCUGGAUGGAGCACAAUGUGCAGGUGUUGAUACGUGUGAGGCCUCUUAAUAGCAUGGAGAAAAGUAGUAACGGAUAUAAUAGGUGCUUGAAGCAGGAGAGCGCACAAUGCAUUGCCUGGAUCGGGCAUCCCGAAACUCGAUUCACAUUCGAUCAUGUUGCCUGUGAAUCACUAGACCAGGAAACGCUAUUCAGAAUGGCUGGUUUGCCAAUGGUUGAAAACUGUUUGUCGGGAUACAAUAGUUGCAUUUUUGCUUAUGGACAGACCGGAAGUGGGAAGACAUAUACGAUGCUUGGUGAAAUUGAAGAGCUAGAAUUCAAGCCAAGCCCCCACCGUGGAAUGACACCGCGUAUAUUCGAAUUCUUAUUUGCAAGGAUCAGACUGGAAGAGGAAAGCCGAAGGGAAGAGAGAUUGAAAUAUAGCUGCAAAUGUUCAUUCCUAGAGAUUUAUAAUGAACAAGUUACAGAUCUUCUUGAUCCUUCAUCCACGAAUCUGAUGUUGCGUGAAGAUAUCACAAAGGGCGUGUAUGUUGAAAACCUAUCUGAAUUUGAAGUUCAAACAGUUGGAGAUAUUCUCAAACUUUUGAGUCAGGGAUCAUCUAACAGGAGAGUAGCUGCAACAAACAUGAACAGAGAAAGCAGCCGGUCCCACAGUGUCUUUACGUGUGUAAUUGAGAGCAGUUGGGAAAAAGAUUCCACCACUAACUUCCGUUUUGCAAGGCUUAAUCUGGUUGAUCUUGCUGGUUCUGAAAGGCAAAAGACUUCUGGUGCCGAGGGUGAACGCCUAAAGGAAGCUGCAAAUAUCAACAAAUCGUUAUCAACAUUAGGCCAUGUGAUAAUGGUUCUAGUUGACAUAGCUCAUGGAAGACCAAGGCAUAUUCCUUACAGAGAUUCAAGAUUGACGUAUCUUCUUCAGGACUCUCUAGGGGGGAACUCGAAAACAAUGAUGAUAGCCAAUGUUAGCCCUUCCAUCUGCUGUGCUGCUGAAACACUCAACACUCUAAAGUUUGCGCAGCGAGCAAAGCUCAUUCAAAAUAACGCUGUUGUAAAUGAAGACUCAUCAGCAGAUACUCUAGCAUUACAACAUCAGAUACGACUUUUGAAGGAGGAACUCUCCACUUUAAAAUGUCAGAAGGCUCCGAACAUUUCCCGCACUUUGUCAUUUGAUACAGCUGGUACUGGAGACAGAAGGCAUGAAGAAUCCAAAAGCAUUCCUCCAGAAUCAGCUAAAGAGUUGAAAUCAAUGGAAGCUACACUAGCUGGAGCUUUGAGGAGGGAACAGAUGGUUGAAUCAUCUAUCAAGCAUUUUGAAGCAGAAAUUGAGCAACUUAACCGCCUGGUUUGCCAAAGAGAGGAAGAUACUAGGUGCACAAAGAUGAUGCUAAAAUUUAGGGAAGAGAAAAUUCAUAGGAUGGAAUCUCUUCUCAAUGGACUAAUACCAUCAGAUACAUAUCUGCUGGAAGAAAACUGUGCACUUUCUGAAGAACUCAACUUGAUUCGUGCCAAUGUAGACAAAAAUCCAGAAGUAACUCGCUUCGCCCUUGAAAAUAUUAGGCUUUUGGAACAACUCAGAAGAUUUCAAGAUUUCUAUGAGGAAGGAGAGAGAAAUUUAUUGCUAGCUGAAGUAUCAGAAUUGCGAGAUCAGCUACUGCUCUCUCUGGAUUGGAAGUUGAAGCUUCAUAAUCCCUCGGAUAUAGAUACUUCUUCCCAGGAAUCUGCACAUAUCAAACAAGAAGAAACCGACUCACUCCGCACGGAGUUAAAAGAGACUUUCUCUCAGUUAGAAGAAUGUAGGUCAAAGCUGAACAGUUGCUUGGAAAAAAAUGCAGAACUCAGAAGAGAAAUUAAUGACUUGCACGCAUCGCUUGGUGAAAGGGAAUCUUCAGUUCUUGAUAAUGAUAAUGGGGUUGAAGUUAUCAAGGAAUCUAUAUCAGAAGCUCCUCCACUCAAUUAUCAGUCCGUGGUUAUUGCCCAGGAAGAGAAGCCAGAUAUAGGUUGUGAUAAAAUGAUCAACUUGUCAGACAAGAUCAUUGAUUUGCAAUUAGAGUUGGACAUUUUAAAGAUUCUUCUUCACGAAGAAAAGUCAUCCCGCAACGAAGCAGAGGAAAGGGCACUUUCUUUGAACAGAGAUCUAGAGUCAACAAAAGAUCAGAUUUUUCUACUAAGCAAGCAAUAUAAAGAUGUCCAGGAUGAACUCAAGGGAGCAAAGUCCAUCAUUGAGGCUCUUGAGUCUCAACAAAUUCAGGCAAUUAACGAGGCAGAGGAUCUUAGAAACAGUAACAAAUGCUAUGAAGAACUUCUGCAGAAAAAGGAACAUGAAAUCUCUUCUUUAAAGGAAAAAGGCUUUUCUCAGGAUCUCCCAUCCUUUAAUGUCAUGGAAAGUGAGUAUAAUCCUUUACAAGCCAAGCUGAAAAAAAUGGAAAAUUCUCUUGAGAAGGCAAGAACACUGAACACAUGGUAUCAAAGUGACCAGGCGCUACAAGUUUCAAACGAAGAAGAAAUGGAUGUAAUACGUAGGCAGGUAGAGGCUGAAACUGCUGAAGUGAUUCUUUGCCUCCAGGAAGAACUUUGUCUUCUUCAGCAGGAAAUCCAGGCCAGUCACUUGAAGGAAGUGGAGAGCUAUGAUAGGUUGAAUCAGUUAGAGUUAAGAAAUAAAGAACUUGAGGGAAAAAACAAUCUGAUUACUGAAGAUAAUAGAUUGUUAAGAGGAGCUUAUACAGAAAAGGAGAGAGAAUAUCAGAGUCUACUUGAAGAAUGGGAGCAAGUAAACAAUGAUAUGGAAACAAUUCUCUGCGGGGGUCAAGCUUCUCUUAAGGAUGCAUCUGAUGAUCUUGAUUUGAUAGCCUCUUCAUUUCCACAAAAACAAGCAAAUCAAAUAUCACAUCAUUUUGGGAGUAUAGCAAAAUACAUUUUUGAAAAGGAUAAACUGAUAGAAGAUCUCAACAGGAGUCUACGGGAUGCGGUUAAUAAAAGAAAUGAUGUUGAGUCCAUGCUGAGGUCUUUAAGAGGAGCAGCUUUGGUUAUGACUGAAGUUCACCAGCAACAGUGUAGUGAAAAGGAUGUAGAGAUUGCUCUGUUGACAGCCCAACUGAACUCUAAAAUGAAUGCUAUCUUAGAGUUUAAAAACAAAAUCAAACAACUGGAGGGUCAACUCAGGGAAACGUGUACUUGUGCAACAGCAGCGUUUCUGGUUGUUAACAGGUUGUCUGAGGCAAAUAUGCAAAAAGAUAAGUUCUUUGACGAGACCUGCAGUGGGCUAAGGCUUGAGCUGUUGGAACAGCAGAGACAUGCCAGUGCUAUGCAGCAGAAACUUGAAGAGCUUGAAGCAAAUGACUUGAUGGAAACACUUGAAGAGUUUAAAGCUGGUGUUUCAGUAGUAAGUUCCUGCAUGAAUGAGCGGGUAGAAAGGCAAGGGAGACUGGAGAGAGAGAAUUUAAGUGAUGGUCUACAACAUAUGUCCAUUCGGGAAGCAUGUGAAAUAUGGACAUUUGCUAAUGCAAAACAAUAUGAUGACUCCGGUAAGGAUUUGGAAACUGAACACAACGAAUGCUCUUCCCAAACCCGUAAAAUUUUAGCUGGUGGAGAGAGAGCUUUGAACGGAACAAAGGGAAGAGAUGCUACCAUAGCUCUUCUCAAGAAGGAAAUUGUAUCUGCUCUUGAUAGCUUGAAACAAGUGCAAGCCGAGAUAUCCACAUCAUGCAUUGAGAAAGAAGAGUUCCGCAAGGCUGAAAAGCACACUCGGGAUAGUGUCAAAUCUCUUUUUCUUCCUAUAAGUGCACUAGAAACCUCCAUAGGAAAUUUUGAAGGAGUCGUUAAGCUGAAAUUGGAAGAGGCAGAUGCUAAGCUUCAACAAAUAGAACUUGAUGUGGAGGAAUAUAGAACUUCUUGGCUUGAACAAAAAGAGCUGCUAGAAGUUGAACUUGAAGAUGCAAGGGUAAUUGCUGUACAGAAAACGAUGGAAGCUUCCUGUAUUCUUGCCAAAUAUGUAGAGGUCCAAGACACCAUGACACAUACAAUCGUAACAAUAAGAGAGUUGAUGAGAGAAAAUGAAGCCUUGAAGGUUGAUAACAAAGAGCUUAAGGAAAAGGAGGUGACAUUAACCAAUCAAAGGGACUUUGUAGUUAAUGAAAACCAAUGCUUGCAGUCUGCCAACAAUCUUAAGGACUCACAUAUUGAAAAGAUGGAGAAAGAUUUCCAGAUGGUAACAAAGCAGUCUGAUUUCCAUGCCGCUUCUGAACUAAUGAGGUCAUGGAUUGAGGAUAUCUGGUCUGAGAUUAUUGUCAAGGAUUUUGCUUUGUCUAUUUUUAACCUCUGCCACUCUGGGAUUCUCUUGGAAGCAGUAAAUGGCUUAAAUGCAGAAAAAGGUCUGCUCCACCAUGGCCUAUGUGAAUCAAAUUCUGCAAUAACUGAGUUGAGAGACCACAAUUCUAAAGCUAGGAAAGAGCUUGAAAUGUGUAGAACUCUCCAGGGGAAGUUAUUGGAUGACAUUACUAGCAACUUUGACCGUAUUUCUAAGAAAGAAGACGAAACUGGUGAUUUCACAUUAAAGCUUGCAACUUUUGAGAAGAGAAUUAUUGAUUUACAGUCUCAAGAGGAGCUCAUGUUGAGAAGAUCCGAUCACUUGGGAUCAAAGCUGGCUGAGUUGGUUAAUGAGAUGGACCUCAGCAACCAGACUGUGUUGGCAUCACUUUUGGAUCAAGAGAGAUUGCUUCAGGAGAAAGAGGAAGCCCUAAAAUAUGCAGAAGAUGCUUUUAUUAUGAAAGAUUUUGAGAAUCUUGGUGCAGCAAUCAAUGAGUCGGUAUUGGUUGACAGGGAAACUGAAAUAUCUGUCCUGAAAGGGAUAGUUGAAGAAGCUGGUAAACAACAACAAAAGCUCUUGUUAGAGCUUAAUGAAAAAACCUCGAUAGUUGCCCAGCUCAGAGACAAGAACACAUCUCUUCAAAAAGAAGUUCAUUCACUGAAGGGUAUUGCUUGCUCAAAUGAAACAUUGAAAAGCACACUUGUUGAAAUAGCUGGAACCAACUUCUCUUUGCAAUCACAGGUUCAGAGCCUUAACUCUGAACUAGAGAAAGUAAAGGAAGAAAUGCAUAUUAAGGAUUCGAACCUUGAAAUUUCUUCAAUUCAACUCUCUGACCUUUGUAAACAAAACCAGAUCCUGGAGAACAGGAUUCUAUCACUGGAAGAAGCAUCAUGUAGGCUCCAGAAAGAGCUGGAAAUGAAAGAUACUGAGCUUACAGAAAUGAACUGCCUUGGUAAUGAGAACAACGAACUUCAGGUUGAGCUGAUCGGAUGGAAAGUAGAGAAUGGUGAGCUUCUUCAGGACUUGGAGGUUAUGAGAGCUGAGCUUGAUCGGAGCAACAGAGCUUUUUCUUUGCUCUCAAAGAAGUCUGAUGAACUAGAAAGUUCAUUUCAAAAGAUAUGCAAUGUAGUGGACAGUGUACCUAUGUUAUUAGAAGAGUUCGAGUUAUUAGAGAAUCUAGCAGAAGAGAUUGUAUCACAGAAUCUUACCCUUGGAAAUGAGUUGUCUAGGAAGGAUGACAUUCUUAAGGGGCUGCUGUUUGAUCUGAGUUUACUGCAGGAGUCAGCCUCUAAUACUAAGGAUAAAAAAGAUGAAAUUGAAAAAUUGGUGUCAUCGUUGAAUGCUUUGGAAAGAGAAUUGGAACUAAAGUCAUGCGAGCUUGAUGACACUCUUUCUAAGAGUUUUAAACUUGAAGCUCAGUUGCUGGAGAACAAGAGCACAAUAUCAGCUUUGGAGUCGGAUGUCUUGAGACAAAAGAACGAACUGUGUGAAAUGGGAUCUGCUAUCUCGGAAAUGAACAACUCUAUUGAGUCUCUAAGGAGAGAGUUGAGUGAUGUCACUUGUGAGAAGGAAGAUCUCAAUGUUGAACUUGUUGCUUUGAAGAAGGAGCUUGAGAUAGCAAAAGCGCUUGCAGAUGAAAACGAGGCAGUUGCUUUAGAGGCUAAAGAGCUAGCAGUAACUAGAAAACUAUAUGCUGAAGAGAAAGAUGAGGAGGUAAAACUAUUAGAGCGAUCUAUUGAAGAGUUAGAAUGCACAGUAAAUGUGCUUGAAAACAAGGUUGACAUUGUCAAGGAAGAAGCCGAACGGCAACGCUUACAGAGAGAGGAACUUGAAAUGGAACUGCACAGCAUCAAACAACAAAUGCUUAGUGUUAAAAGCAGCGACAGCACUGAUGUAAAAAGAAAUUCAAUAGAAAAAGAGAAGAAUCUUCUACAGCGCAUCCAAAUCCUGGAGAAAGAAGUAGCUUUGAGGGAUGUUGAAAUUACUCAGUGCAAGGUUCAUAUAUCAGAACUGAAUUUGCAUUCUGAGGCUCAAGCCCGUGAGUACAAGGAAAAGUUCAAGACGUUGGAAGCAAUGGCCGAAAAAGUGAAGUCAGAUGUGCAUGCCUCCAUCCAAGGCUCGAACUCAUCAUCAUCUAGCAAAUUGGAGAAAAAUAGCUUGACGAAGCCCAAAGGUUCUGGUUCUCCUUUUAAAUGCAUUGGAAUAGGAUUGGGCCAACAAUUGAAGUCUGAGAGGGAUGAGGAACUAACGGCAGAAAGAUUUCGGAUUGAAGAACUUGAGGCUCUAGCUGCUAGCAGACAAAAAGAGAUAUUCAUGCUGAAUUCAAAAUUAGCUGCUGCUGAAAGCAUGACCCAUGAUGUGAUACGUGACCUGUUGGGUCUAAAACUAGACAUGAAUAAUUAUGGGACUUUGCUCGAUAAUCAUGAAGUGCAAAUGUUAACAGAGAAGGCUCGAGCUCAGAAAGUAGAUGCACUCGCUAAGGAGGAAGAAGUUACCAAGUUGAAACAACAACUAAACGAAAUUAUUGAGGAGAGGAAAGGAUGGCUUGAAGAAGUUGAGAGAAAACAAACUCAGAUGAUGGCUGCAAAGGUCUCAUUGGAGAAGUUGCACGAGCGGGAUCAAUUGCUUGCAACUGAAAAUGAAGUUAUAAAGAGGGAGAACAUGAAUCAUAAGAAGAGGGUUAUAGAGCUUGAAGCAGAAGUAAAGAAGCUGUCUGGGCAGCAAAACCUCCAGCAGCGCAUCCACCAUCAUGCCAAAAUCAAGGAAGAGAACAACUUACUGAAGAAUCAGAAUGAUGAUCUUACUUUUAAGCUUAGGAAAUCUGAAGCAAUUCUUUCACGUGUUCGGGAAGAGCUUGCUCACUUCCGGGCAUCUAAUAAUGGGAGAAUCCCUUACAUCAAUUUGGAUGAGGAGAAUCGGAUGGAGACUAAACUGAAGGAUAGAAUGAACAGUGAGAGGCUGCCCCGCGAGGCUUCUUCGGGUAGAAGAAACUCAAUAAAGGCAGAUGAUGAGAAUGGUCAAAAUCCAAGUAGAUAGAUCAUCAACUUCUCAAACACCAUUAUUUCUCACUGCUUUUGACAGAUGAUGAUGAUGAAUCUCCUCUUCUUAGUCCUGACUGGUUAGCUUUGCGCUAGCAAAAUGUUG